CUACAAUGGCUGCUGGAAAGAGGGGAAAGCAAACAAUUUCCAGGCCCGCCGCGUCCAGCCCGAAAUAUGAGGAAAAAAUUACAGAAAAAUCGGAGAACCCCGUAAAAGGCGGGAAGAGGGCGCUGAGGGGAUGCUGAGGCUCCCGCGGAAUACAGCUUGGCCACAUGGAGCAUCAUAAAUUGCAGGCAGAAUUCUGUUGCUACUCCCUACAGGGGAGAAGGUAACAAUCUAACUACAUCCAACUCAAUGCAAGAUCAGCAAGAAUGGGAAGUUCUGGAUUUUGGUUUGCACCUAGACAUGCCAAUGGAACUGGUUAAGACCAAAAUCUGAAGGUUUAUCUGCAUUAUCCGUCACCAGUCCCCUUUUGCUUUCUUUAACGACCACAUGAAACUUGAGAAGCCAUCUAAAGCUAAAUCAUUUAGUGGAGUUGGGCAAUUCCCAAGUGUCCAACAAGAAGGCCUGGUUUAGGCUGCGAUGGCCACUGUCAUUCCUGGUGAUUUGUCAGAAGUAAGAGAUACCCAGAAAGUCCCUUCAGGGAAACGUAAGCGUGGUGAAUCCAAACCAAGAAAAAACUUUCCUUGCCAACUGUGUGACAAGGCCUUUAACAGUGUUGAGAAAUUAAAGGUUCACUCAUACUCUCACACAGGAGAGAGGCCCUACAAGUGCACACAACAAGACUGCACCAAGGCCUUUGUUUCUAAGUACAAAUUACUAAGGCAUAUGGCUACUCAUUCUCCUGAGAAAACCCACAAGUGUAAUUAUUGUGAGAAAAUGUUUCAUCGAAAGGAUCAUCUAAAGAAUCACCUACAUACGCAUAAUCCUAAUAAAGAGGCCUUUAAGUGUGAAGAAUGUGGAAAGAACUACAACACAAAGCUUGGAUUUAAGCGUCACCUGGCUUUGCAUGCUGCAACAAGUGGUGACCUCACCUGUAAAGUGUGUUUGCAGACAUUUGAAAGCACAGGGGUGCUGCUGGAGCACCUAAAAACUCAUGCAGGCAAAUCAUCAGGUGGAGUGAAGGAGAAAAAGCACCAGUGUGAACAUUGUGAUCGUCGGUUUUACACCCGAAAGGAUGUCCGAAGACACAUGGUAGUGCACACUGGAAGAAAAGACUUCCUGUGUCAAUAUUGCGCACAGAGAUUUGGCCGGAAGGAUCACCUAACACGGCAUAUGAAGAAAAGUCACAACCAAGAACUUCUGAAGGUCAAAACAGAGCCAAUGGACCUUCUAGACCCAUUUACCUGCAAUGUUUCUGUGCCUAUAAAGGAUGAGCUGCUUCCAGUGAUGUCUUUAUCUUCCAGUGAGCUGACAUCAAAGCCAUUUACAAACACUUUGCAAUUAAAUCUUUACAACACUCAAAUUCAGUCAAUGCAGAGCUCAGCUUCUGCUCACCAGAUGGUUGCCACAUCAUUACCAUUAGGAAUGCCUUGUCCAAUAGACAUGGAAUCUGUCCACCCUUCUCACCAGCUUUCUCUAAAAUAUCCACUCAGUUCUACCUCAUAUACAGUUUCUAUGACUGAUAAAGAGCAACCAUUGAAAGGAGAAAUUGAAAGUUACUUAAUGGAACUGCAAAGUGGUAUGCCUUCUUCAUCCCAAGAUUCCCAAGCAUCUUCAUCUAAAUUAGGAUUGGAUCCCCAAGUAGGGCCUCUAGAUGAUGGAUCUGGGGAUGUCUCCCUUUCCAAAAGUUCUGUUUCCAUUAGUGAACCUCUAACCACCCCAUCACUGGACUUUUCUCAGUUGUUCAAUUUUAUACCAGUCAAUGGACCUCCUUUUAAUCCUUCUGUUUCUGUGGGAAAUCUUGGAAUGAGUUACACACAAGAGGAGGCACAUUCUUCUAUGACUCAGCUGCCUCCACAAGCACAAGAUCCACAAGACCCUAGUAAUAGUAUAGGUCUUGGAUCUUUACAUUCAUUGUCAGCAGCAUUCACAAGCAGUCUAAACACAACCACGACUCUACCACGUUUCCAUCAAGCUUUCCAAUAGGAUGAAAAACCAGCCUUGCAACAGUUUAUUUGUAGAAAUGCCUUAGAUGACUUUUAUUAAUGUAGUGCCUACUAUGUCAUUGUAAAUCUACUUUUGUACAGUACCAGUCUCAUUAAGCCAGUAUGAAAUUCAAAUUAACUUUUAAAAUAUUUUGAAUGUGUUCAUUCAUGGAUGUUUACUUGGUUUUUUAAAGUCUAUUAAUUUUCACUGCCAAUAGACCCAUGCUUUUAAAAAUAGAACCAUUCCCACUAAAUGUUUGUAUCCCUUGUUUAAAAUUUCAUUAAGAAUGGAUAAUUCUUUGUUUGUCAAUAAGUGGUGGCUAUUUUAAUAACUAAGAAUAGGAACAAAACAUUGAUUUUAAUACAAAUACUUGGAAAAAGCAGGUAAACUCUGUUUUAUUCACAACCUGAAAUGUUUUUAAGAGUAAAAUUUUAACUCCUGUAUGACAAUGGUGCAGCAUAUACACGUAGACAUCAAAAGGUCUGGACUUACCAUUUUUGCAUAAAUAACAUUGUUUUAAAAGGAAUAUGAUUAAGUGCAAUUAAAGUAGUGUAAUUUGGCAAGAAUAAUAUUCCUAACUGGCAAUUUUAAAUUCAAAAAGAGGCAAAAUUAAGAGUUACCUUUGAAACAAAAAUAGUGUAUCUUGAUAUAUUUGAUUCUAUAAAAUACAUUAUUCUUCACCUUAAGAUGAGUAUCCCAACUGACUCUCAAAGGUGUGGUCAAGUCUCGCUAGGAAGUUGUAUCUUGUUCACUUGAUUUUCUUACAAUUAGAAAAUGAAUGUAAAUUUGCAAAUCCAUUUUUUCCAUAUUUUCAUUGGAGCAGAUCUCUUGAGUUGUAUAUCUGGUGUGUAAUGUCACCCUAAGCAAAAACUUAGAUGGUAAUCACACUUAUAACACCUAGGUAUUUGGUUAGUGAUUUUUCUCACUGCCGAGAAUUAAAAACAGGACUCUUAGGAGUGAAGUAAAAGCAUAUUGCUUAUGCCACUUUUAUCUAAAAUACUAGGGUAUUUAGGGAAGUAACAACAAAAUGACUACUCAUGUUGUAUGUCAAAUUGCUGUUUCUUUUCAAAACACCCUCUUGUGUUCCCUACCCCUGAUAACCAAAAGAGGGAAAAACUGUGAUAUGUAAGUGCGAAGUGUAGUUUUGCUAUAACUUGGUAACAUUCUAUUCUUGUCCCUUUUAGGAGGAAUUCUAAAAAUGCACAAGUAUCUCCAAUUAUUUGCGUGAAUGAAUAUAAAGUUUUAAGUGGUUAAAACAAAAUACUUCACAAAAACAAAAGUUGUUCCCAUUGAAGGAGCUUUGGCUCCCAAUAUUUGUAUCAUUAGUUCUUACUUUUUUACUGUAGGAACAAUAUGCAGGUGUGAUUUUACUAUUUUAUACUGGUAUGUAUUUAAAUUUUAUUACUGAAUAGUAACUUUUUAAUGUGUUCCAAAGGCAUUAAUAAGGAUGUAUUAAUAAGGAAAAUACCUUUUCAAAAUUCUGCAAGCUGCUCCAAUAUGCUGUGAGAAUACUUUCUCAAAGUAGACUUUUAGCUCUGCUGCAUGAUUGCUUCCUAUAGUUUCUAUGAAACAGAUUGCUUAAAUAUAUCUUAAGUGGAAUGAAUUGUUCAAUAUUGCUUUCAAAAAAUGUAGCACCAUAAUUUUAAGGGAGGGGGGGACUGACAUCAGAAGCAAAUUGAAAAUAUUUCAAAGCUACUUCAUGAUCCAAAUGGGAAAAAGAAAGUAGAAAUUUCCUUUUGGAACUUCUCUCUCUGUGUAUCUAGAAGGGAUAUUUAAAAGGUUUUAUUUCUUCAAAGGAAUCAAGUCUAUGAGGAAAAUUAUUUGCUUUUUGUAGAUGUUGAAUGUAUUCAACACUACAGAACCAGCACCUGGGGGAUUGGCCUUCACCAUCCCAUUUUUUAUUCUCUUAAAACAGUUGUAUAAUUCACUUAGAAACUCUAUUGGACAAGUAUUGAAAAAUGCAUUUCAUUGAUUUCAGAAAUAAGUUGAACUAGUUUUAACCUUUCCAUUUCUAAUGGAGGCUUACCACUACAUUGCUUAUGGUAUUUGACAGGGAAUGAUAUGUAUAAAGCAUGUUACAACAAUGUUAUCUUUUCAGUGUUAGUUGCUGGUUAACUUGAUUUACAAAAAAAGACCCUAAUUUUGCCAGUACUCUUCAGAACUUCUAAAGGCUUCAUAUUUAUUAUAGCAGUUUCUUCAGGUUGUCAGAUAGGAUUAAUUAGAGACAGGUGCACUUCAAAUUGAUAGUUAGGACUUCAAGACAAGAUAUUGAACCUCAUUCAGUUAGUACUUCAGCAGUUGGCUACACCCUGUGUAUGCAUCACUGAAGUAGGAUGUAAGUGUAUGUGGAAGCAGAUUGACAGUGUAGGCGAUAUUUACAUAUUAGUGCUUUAUGGCUAUCAUUUAGGCAGAGACAUUAUUGGCAGCUUCAAAAUGUCAGUUUUAAAGCCUAUUUUGUAGCUACCAGUUUGAUUCUUAAGGGUGGAAUGUGGUGUGUGCUGGCUGAUCAUGCACCACAUCUUUUGCAGCUUCUAAAUUUCUGCUAUGGAUUUUUAAAAUAUAUAUAUAAUUUGCUUGUGUUUUAUUAGUAGUGAAUUGUGGAACAGAGUGAUUUAUUCAUUUGGCAGUAGAGGUUUUCAAAAACCAUUUACUGACUAAAACAUGAGCCAGACCUGAUUGCUUUAUUAAGCUAAUAAUGAAUGUUAAGAGUACAUAUUUUCAGGAUCUUUUGCCUAGUGAGCUCUAUAUGUAUUGUAGGCCGUUGUUAUUGUUGAGGAGGGAGAGUGUGAGAGUGAGCGUGUGUGUGUGUGUUAAAACUAAAGCUCGAUCAACUUCUGUGUUACACAUAAUAAAAGAUAUAGCACUUUCAAAAGAGAACCUAAACCUUAUAAAAGAAUUUCUUACAGGUUAUGCUUUCUAUUAUAAAAUCUUUUAUUAUAAUUGUUCAAGUGCCAUUAGAUGACAUAUGUGGGCCUUUAAUAUAAUGCUUUGGGUACAAAAUGGCAAACAUUGUAAAUUUAAACAGGUACAUCUUGCAGUGUUUUCAUAUCAAUUUGCUAUAUUGCACAGAACCAGUGUGUCUUUUUAAAGGGUUUUACAGUGGACUUUUCCUAGGUUUACAUGUUUCAAAUUAUGCUGUUUUCCUACUGCCAUUUUUAAUACAAGUCCAAAAGUUAAGUAAUCAACAAUUGUUAAAUAUGUACUCAAGAGUCUUAGAGAAUUGCAGUUGUAUGCCCACUAAUUGUAGGUAAGUCCCAUAUGUUUCAGUGGGAAUUACAGGUGUAAUUAGGCACAGGAGUUCAGCCUUACUGCCCAUUCCUAUGCAUGUUUAUUCAAAAGUCACACUGAGUUCAAUGGGACUUAUCCCAAGUGAGUGUGCAUAGGAUUGCAACUUUCAGAAUGUUUGAUAUGCAGUAUUCUAAAGAUUUGAUGCCCUAUCAUAAUAACUAUGCUGCUGUUGGAAUUCAACAUAGGGUUGGUCCUGUGCCUGUUAGUAUAAAGAGAAGGAUUAAGCUCUUAAUUAUUUGUCUCAUACACUGGUUUAGCAGCUAAAAAUGAUGUGCCUCUUAGUAAUGCAACCUAGACAUUAUACUUACUUGCUAUAAAGUAUAUUGUGUAGGCUCAACUGCCUAUCUGCAUCCUGUCAGUAUACUAUACAAAGCCACCUAUUUGACAUUACAGUGGAACACCAUUUAAAGUGAUGUCAUAGUAAUUGAAAAGUGUAUUAUACAGUCCCUUAGCCCUUAUAAAAUAAGGGCUGUGUUGAAGGCCAUUUUUUGUUACUUAACCCUAAAAUUGACACAGAACUGUUGCUAAUUGCAUGCAAACACUUUUCAGUAUAAGCUUCAGUGGUACAGUUGAACCAGAAUGAAUGUUUAUCUUCUCAAGAAACACUCCUGCAGAAUCAUCAUAGUGGAUCAUGCUGCUAAUGUAACGGGAUACAACUUCUCUCAUGGUGCUACAGACCUCCCUGUCUCAUUCAGACUGAUGUAUUUUUAUCCAUAGAGAAAGGCCUAUACUAGAUUUAUAGACGUAUGAUAUAUUUUUAUACUGUGACUUAAUUUGUCAUUAAUGAAUUUUGUACACCACCAUGUAUUCAUAUGCACUUGUAAAACAAAAAAACAAAAAAACUUGGACAUAAAUUUAUACCCAGAUAAGCCUAUUAUUCUCAAAACUAUAAGAUGGUAAAUGAAAAGAGGGCUUUUAAUACAGCGUGAAGUGAAGAACAUGCUUGUUUCUAAGAGCCUUUUGAAUACUGGCAAACUGGGAAACAUUGUAAAAAGGAUGAUACCGGAACCUUACUGGGAUUGCUGAAAUUAUGUUUGUAGAUAGUGAGAUAUGUUUGGACUUGUGUGCUAAAAUGUUUAAUGACGCAGAUUUUGAGUCAAAAAUAGAAAAAAAUGCAUUCCAGACUGAAUUUGUGUAUUUCAUUUAAAGUUACUAUCCUGUGAUAUGGGAAAUUGAGUUGCUUAUCAUGUAUAUGUACUUUAAAAUGUAUUCACAAACUACUGUUGUAUUUGUAUAAAAUAUAGACAAAAGAUUGCAUAUAUAUUUUUGUGUAUAAGCUCUGUAAAAUAGCUAUCACAUUAUGAAGCUGCAGCAGAAAUUCAUUUUAAACACUCAUAUCCAAAGAAACAGACUAUUUAUUGUCCACAUACCCUGAUAAAAAUAUAACUUGCUGCUAUUAAACAAUAGUGCUGCAGCUUCUUGUGGCCUACAGUGUUAUGUUUGCUGUACAGAAAUAUGUGAACUUCACAAAAUAUCAAUAAAACUACAAAAUGGUUUUAGUUACGUAGAGAAUAUGUCUGAAAUUACAUGUGGUGUGUGUUACAAAAAAGAUUGUGAAAAGGAUUGAUCAUACUGUUGUAUUCUACCUUCCUGAAUUUUGGGUGCAAU